AUGUCGCCUUGGCGCGCUCGUCUUCGUCACACUGUCGUGAGAUCGUGCUAAAAGAAUCGCCAUCCGAGUUGCAGCAUAUUCCACUCUCAUCAUGUCGAAGAUGCGAAUCCCACUUCAAUUUACCUCCAUUUCCCUCUCUUCCAUCGCCCCAUUUCUGUCGACAAGCUGUAGAGGUAAAUCGCCGCCAUGAAAUGGAUAUGCAUUGCCCCUUUUUUGCUAUUAACUGGGUUGAUUGUGGCUGAUGAUCGACGAAUCCCCACCACCCUCGAUGGCCCAUUUAUUCCCGUUACUCGUCGAUUUGAUCCGUCUUUGAGGCGUGGUAGCGAUGAUUUGCCCAUGGAUCAUCCAAGGCUUCGGAAGAAUGUUUCAUCUAACUUCCCUGAACAGAUAUCGCUUGCGAUUUCCACUCCAAGCUCCAUGUGGGUCUCGUGGGUUACGGGGGAUGCUCAGAUUGGUGAAAAUGUGACUGAGCUGGAUCCAUCGUCUAUUGCCAGUGAGGUUUGGUACGGAAAAGAAAGUGGAAAGUAUACGAGUGUGAGAAGAGGGUUUUCAACUGUUUACAGUCAGCUAUAUCCAUUUGAAGGGCUGCUCAAUUACACUUCAGGCAUCGUUCACCAUGUCAGAAUCGACGGUCUUGAACCUGAAACCAAGUAUUAUUACCAGUGUGGAGAUAGCUCUAUUUCAGCUUUGAGUAAAGAGCACGUCUUCGAGACUUUACAAUUGUCGAGCAAAAGUUCAUAUCCUCGUAGAAUAGCCAUUGUUGGAGACUUGGGACUUACAAGCAAUUCAACAUCAACCAUUGAUCAUCUGGUUGAGAAUGAUCCUUCUCUGAUCUUGAUGAUAGGAGAUUUAACUUAUGCGAAUCAAUACCUCACAACUGGUGGCAAGGGAGCUUCAUGUUUUUCAUGUGCAUUUCCAGAUGCUCCCAUCAGAGAGACAUAUCAACCCCGUUGGGAUGGGUGGGGCAGGUUUAUGGAGCCAGUAACUUCACGAGUUCCAAUGAUGGUUAUUGAGGGUAACCAUGAGAUUGAGCCCCAAAUUUCCGGAAUCACUUUUAAAUCAUAUUUGACAAGAUUUGCAGUGCCCUCUGCUGAAAGUGGCUCAAAUAGCAGCUUCUACUACUCAUUCAAUGCUGGAGGAAUUCAUUUUCUUAUGUUGGGAGCAUAUGCCGAUUACAACGCUAUCGGUGCUCAGUAUGCUUGGCUGAAAGAAGAUCUGGAUAACGUGGACUGUACAGUGACCCCUUGGUUAGUAGCUGCCUGGCAUCCUCCAUGGUACAAUAGCUAUUCUUCUCAUUACCAAGAAUUUGAAUGCAUGCGUCAAGAGAUGGAACACCUUCUUUAUGAGCAUGGUGUCGAUAUUGUUUUUUCUGGUCAUGUACAUGCCUAUGAACGCACGAACAGAGUGUACAACUAUACACUGGAUCCUUGUGGCCCGGUUUACAUAACAGUUGGAGAUGGUGGAAACAUUGAGAAGGUUGAUGUGGACCAUGCUGAUGACCCUGGAAAAUGUCCUUCAGCUGGUGAUAACGUUCCAGAAUUUGGAGGAAUGUGUCGUUUGAACUAUUCUUCCGGUCCAGCAGAAGGGAAGUUUUGUUGGAACACCCAACCGGAAUGGAGUGCAUUUAGAGAAAGCAGCUUUGGUCAUGGAACGCUUGAGGUAACAAAUUCAACGCAUGCUUUGUGGACUUGGCACCGGAAUCAAGAUGUGUACAAGGAAGAUAGCCAUGGAGAUCAAAUAUACAUUGUUCGACAACCCGAGUUGUGCUUUCCAACUACCAAGCACAUAGGCACCUCUCUCAGGUAGAUAUGCACUACAGACGCUUCUCCCAUUUCUUGCCCAAGUAACCACUGUUGAGAGGUCCACAGUUCUAAAUUUAUUCAACUAUUCUCUCACAGGUACUCUCAGUUGUCUCUUCACUUUCAAUGGCUCUCAUCUUAUCAUCAGUCCCCAGCAUGCUGUAGCUUAGCUAUCACUUAUCAGUUGGAAAUAAAUCCUCUCCAUUCAAAUUGGAGUGUAUGGUUCAGCUUGGAUUCCCGUAAUUGAUGUUGGCAUCAUCUUGAUAUUUCUUCUCUAUGGAUCUAUUUGGAGCUGACUUUUUAAAUUUUUUAAAAACCAUUUUAAAUACAAAAAGUCAAUCUAAACACGCCCUAAUGAUUUGUAGGGCUAACAGAAGUCAGUUGGCAUGUUAUGGAUGAGCGACCGACAAUCACUUCAAGAAGUUUCAGACCUUAACCUGCUUAUGCACUCUUUUUUCCCCCUUCAAAUGUCCAUUGAAGGACUCUUGAUUCUUCCACUAACGAUAGUCUCCUCAAAGGAAGGUACUAUAUUUUUUUCUUACCCAAGAAAAAAGUUGUUGGCAUUAGCUAUUAAUUAUUGUAUCUAUUUUUUGCUGAUACCCGUUUUAAAUAUAACUCACCAGUAAUUUAUACACUGGUUUUUUUCAUUUUCCUUAUCAAGAAUUUGCUAUUAUAUUUUAAGUUGAAGACUUAAAUUACUAUUUUGGUCUCUGUAUUUUUAUUUUGGUU